UGUCAUCGCUGAAGUAGUGGACCACCAUAACACAGCCGUUAACAUGGGGGCAUCGCUGGAUACUCCGACAAAGUGUCCUCUUUGCAGCGAGCUGACGCGGGAGCCCGUCACCCUUAAGUGUCACCACCGUUUCUGCCAGCGAUGUAUUGGCGACUUAUGGAGUAUUUGCCCAGCUGGGCCUUUCCGCUGUCCCGAAUGGAGGUGCAAAACAAGCUACAACACACUUCCCUUUGACAGCAGUUUGUUAUGGCCGCCAAACACCAGUAGAAGGGCUUCGAAUCCCAGCAGUCCCGGCACAUCCAGCAAAGCUCCAAACACAUCCGACUCCCCAUUGACGAGGCCUUCACUAGCCAGCCGACUGCUAGGCAAAAGAAAGGCCAGCACACCUGUUCCAGAGCAACCCGACACAAAGCGACCAGCUACCUGUGACAGAUCAGAUGACAUCCAGACUGCAGUAAAUUCUGCGUCAGACACAGCAGGAGAUCUCCACGGUGUGGAGGCAACCAGCAACGGGGUGAACUCUGAAUCCAAACAGUCUGGGAGUGAUGACACGGGUGACAGUGUCAUGCAGCACACGAGUGACGUGUCACAAGGCAGCCCCCACCAACACGAAGCAGCAGAAUGGGUCGAUACCGAUGACCCAAGUGAUUGCUGCACUGAAGUAGAAUCAUGUGAUGCCCCCCUUCUUGCAAAUCCCCAAGUGACAGAAAAUCACGCCUUGCCGAGAAAACCCACCUCACCUGCCAACAAGUCAUUUCCCACAGCCUCAAUUUCACAGAAAUCAGUGUCUCCUGUCAGCAAGUCAGCACCUCAUAUGUCCCCCAAGAAUGCGGCGGAAACCUCAGGGUCACCGAGCAGGAUUGGCAUAUUCUCCAAGCCCGAGAGCAGAAAUAACAGCCCAGUGCAGUGCCAUUAUUGCCCUAAAACCGUGCAACGGUUGGCCGUGAAGACCUGUCUGGUAUGCGGGGCUUCCAUGUGCACGGAGCAUCUGCGUCCCCACAUGGAGUCCCCCGUGUUUCAAAGCCACUCCCUGGUUCCACCCACGGUGGACAUUUCGCUUUGGAGGUGCCAGGAGCACCAGGAGAUCAACCGCAUCUACUGUCGACAGUGUGCCGCGUGCGUGUGCACGGUGUGCACCGUCAUUGGCUCCCACCGCAACCACGUCUGCAUCAGCAUCAGGGAUGCAGAGCGAGAGCUCAGGGGUAAUCUGAUAGAAGAGAUCAAACAGCUGCAGGUGACCGAACAACAAGUCAGAGAGAGAGUGACUGAAUUCACUCAGAUGAAGGAAAAGUUCAAAGCCCUUUUGAGUGAUUCGCGAGCAGGAGUGCAGCAGCAGUACACCGCCAUCAUAGAGGCCCUGCAGCAGGAGGAGCAAUCGGCUCUCCAGUGUGUGGAGAAGGAGGAGAGCAGAGUGGUGGGAGGUUUGGAGGAGAAACUGGGCCACCUUCAGAACUCCCUACAGUCCAUCCAGCAAGGUCUCCACACCUUGGAGGCACUGGCUGAUGAUGGUAAGGAGGGAAAACUCAUCAAGGACCAGGCCUUCAUUUUGGAAUACAGCAAGGUUGAACAACUUGAUGUGGCGAGUUGUAUGGAUCAGCUGGACGCUCCAGAGGAGGUGGACGAAGCUCGACUGAAAUGUCUUCAGACGUGGACCGAGAAACGUCUUGACAAGGUGGUCAUCACUGACCCAAGCAAGGACAAAGAGCUCUACAAGCUGCUUUAUGGCACCAUGCCCACCUUGGACGCAGACACAGCCCAUCCCAAGCUGCAGCUGUCUGAUAGCAACAGGAGGGUGACUUACACUGAUGCCCAGCAGGUCUACACAGAGCAAGAGUCUCGUUUCAGUGCCUUCCCACAGGUGCUGGCCUGCCACGCCCUGGAAGGAGGCCGCUGCUACUGGGAGGUGGACGUGUCUGUGGACGAAGGCCGCUGGAAGGUGGGACUCUGUGAGGGUCGUAUGGAGAGGAAAGGUCAAAGGGACAGCUCAUGUUUGGGCUUCAACCUGUCGUCGUGGUGCCUGGCGUGCGACAGGAGGAAGCUACAAGUGCUGCACAACAAGGCGCCCAUUCCUGUGACCGCAGACAGGCUCCAGCGGGUAGGCGUGUUCCUUGACUUUGAGGAGGGAAUUCUGACGUUCUUUAAUGCGACACCAGGGGGCAGUCUUGCUCCAAUGCAUUCCUAUAAGCACAAGUUUACUGGGCCGCUUUACCCAGCAUUUUCUGUGUCCAAAACACAGCUGGCCAUCAGUCAUCUAUUUUAACCGCGAUCCAGCAUACACUGGAAUUUUCCAUAAUUAUCAACUAAAUGACAACUAAACCGGCACUGUGUCUUUAUUUAUAAGUCAUUGGUGCUGCUGUUUCAUUCUUGCAAAUUCUGUGCUGUGGUGUUCUUUGUGGUAAUUUUAUAGAACUACAGCGUCAGAAUUUUACCUUUUUGUAUUUCAUCUUUUUAUAUCUUUCAACAUGAUUUCCCAUUUUUAUGGGAAAUCAUGUGUGUAAUAAUAAUGUUAUGAACAAUUAUCCAUUUAUUCCUCAUGCCAGGCUUGUCUUUCUCCACAAGAAAGUAAAUAAUCCAAAGAAUUGUACAACUUCUUAUGGUGAACAUUCUCUUCUUGUUUUGUUCAGGUUGUGUUUGUCCUCAGCAGGUUAAAGUGGGUGUGCUAACUGUGAACUCUUACUCGCCCGCACAGCAUGUGAGAUUUGCUGACAACAAAUAAACACCACCCAAAAGUGAAAUGUGCCUGACAGCUGGACUUUGUUUGAGGUACUAACUAGAGCAGGUGUGCUCACAUUUUUUCAGCCUGCGAGCUACCUUUUCAAAAUGACCCAAAGAUCUUCAUAUACAGUCAAACCUGUCUUAGCGGCCACCUGUAUAGAACGGCCACCUGCCUAUAGCAGCCACUGAAAAAAUACCCCGCAGGAAAUUUACUUGUUCUAGGCCCUGUGUAUAGCGGUCACCUGUCUAACGCGGCCAGCGGCCACCCAUUUUGUCUCCCUUGGUCAAUAUCUGAUCGCAUAUAACGGCCAAAAUGCCGAUUCAAGCAGAAGCUUCACGCAUGAAAAAGAUUCUUUUUUUAAGCAAUGAAGCCGUCAUGUGUAGACUUUAAUUCAAGAUUCAAGAGUUUUAUUGUCAUGUGCAUGGUAAAACAGCAGUUAUACCAUGCAAUGAAAAUCUUAUUCUGUUCAUUCUCCCAAGAAAAGAAAGAAAACACAAGAAAGAAUAAGAACAUAAGAAACAUAAACAUAUAUACCAAUAAAUUAAGCAACAACAACAGAAGAGACAUUAAUACAAGCAAAUAAUACAAAUAAAUAAUUACUGCUCAGUCACAAUCAGUCACAAGAUCCACACAAACUGUCAGUUCUUUGACAUAAAAAAAGCCGUCUUCUUUGGAGCUUGUUGCAGACAGUGACACUGUUUAUUUCCUGGUGUGAGACAAUGUGCACUGGUCAAUACUGUAAUGCCCCUUGUUGUGGGGAAGGAGAGACUCACGUCGCCGAUGCACUUGAAUCACUUUAUUAACAGCGGUUUAUUAACCUAGCAGUUCUUUACAACUUUUAUCCGCAGUCCAACAGUGCCCUCUACUGGUCUACAUGUAACAGUGUACAGUAAUUAUAUGUAUCUGCAAACACAACAAGCUUCUCAUGACAGACAUGUUAAUAUGUGUGCGCACAAAUUCAAAAUGGCCACCAACCUGUCUAUAACGGCCACCUGCCUGUAGCGGCCACUUUUGCCAUUUCCCUUUAGUGGCUGCUAUAGACAGGUUUGACUGUAUAUACUUAGUAUAUUUACACUUUCAGCAACUGUACAGCAGAGGGCGCUAAAGUCAAAGCAACUGUCUGACCCACAGACGGCUCUUCUAAAAUCUACUUCUGGUCAAUUUCUGUCUGGUCACAGACUUGUCAUCGUGUAUAAACCGCAUCCCGAUUUUUGGCGUCUUACCGGUGGGAAAAAAAGCGCGGUUUACACCGUGAUUUACGAUAUAUUGUGUAAUAGGAGUGUAAAGGUGACUAUAGGGGUGUUAUUUCAUGUCGAAAGGGCUCUAAUAAUGUUUAAAAAAAGGCGUAUUUAGAAGGUCAUAAACAGGGUUUUCAUGCUCUUAUCUGCAAAUUUUGUGGAAAUUCACUUAUCACAGUCGGCUGUGGAACCAGUUAAUCGUGAUAAACGAAGAAGGUAUUUAUAAAUUCUUAUCGACUUAUGAUGAAUGAGAUGGGUUUUUUUGUGGGAAAAAAAGCGUAGUUUCAGAGAAAAAAUUAAAAAAUCAUAACAGGGUGCAUGCGGGGUCUUAAAAAGUCUAAAAUCCCACAAUUUCAAUUCAGUGUGGUAAAAUGUCUAAAAUUCCUUAAGAUCUCAACAUGUCUGAAAUACAAGUUCAACCUUAUUUUGACUUAAAAGAAAUGCAUACAAUUCAGUCCACUUUUAAAUGUUUGGAUUUUUGAGGACGCUGUCACUACAAAAUGGAAGCACCUGUGGUGCGUUAAUGCAGAUCUCAGCAGCAGAGAAAAGGUAACGAAAGCUGUUUGUACUUCCUUGCCAGUACGGAUGUGAAAUGGGUCUUACAUUGUCUUCAUUACGGUCUUAAAACUUGAAUUACGGUCUGUUGAAAUCUGCAGAGACCCAGAAUACUUUACUUUCCCAAAAAUCUCACUUCCAUGUUUAUUUAAAAAGCUACGAAGUCGCCUAACAUGGAUUAAUCUCAUGUUAGAUUAAUCGUGUCAUGCAGGAAAAGAAAGUUUGUAGGUGAGAUUUAUGAGAGUUCUGGCUAUUGUUACCUGCAAACUCAAGUUAUCUUCAAAAUAUGGCGCCUUAACGUUGCUUUUGAUCGCGAGUGAAAGCGUAGGAACAUAAGAGGCACAGAUUGCUUUUGCCAUUGCAAUUUGCAUUAUUCUGGAAAAAUCUGCCCUGAGUCAACCCGUCACUUUUUUGCCUCCAUCACAUAAAUCACCUUUAAGACUAUUUCAUUUUAAGUUACGGGCAUUUAAUAUAUUGCCAACCUGCAUGUGUCUCCUUUUUAUUAUCAAGAUAUCAAAUCAUUGGUGCCUCUCAGUGCACACAGAGGGUUAACUUCAUUUCUCCGAGAGCCAUUGUGCAUUGCAGGCACAUGCUUCCAUUAAAAUGCUUUCAGUUGAGCCAACAACAAAAUGUCUCAUGAAUGCAGCCAGGAACGUGAGACAUGAAGUAAUUGGAUAUAUGCUAAUUGGGUUGUGUGCUCAUUAGAGGCUAUACAGUCAUUAGCAACAGGACAACAUUCUCCUCUGGAGUUGGUUAUCGGAAUAUCCUUUGGCCCCCUCAUCACCAGGGAGCUGCCACCGCUUAGAUUAGGCUUGUCAGCAUUUUUAUUCACAGUAGCAUUCAAAAUUGAUUUUAUUUAGGUGUUUUUUAAAUCCUUGUAAAACAGUAAUCCCCCAUUUAUCACAGUUAAUUGGUUCCAGAAUAUAGAAAAGCUGUUUACGACCUUAUUAUUAGAGCCCUCUAGACAUGAAAUAACAGCCCUAUAGUCACCUUAACACUCCUGUUACCCAACAUGGUAGACAUAAUAAGACUUGUGCUUGAGUGGGGGGCUGACAGGAAGUGACGUCGGGGGUUCAGAGUUGAGUUUUAGCUUGGCGUAACUGUAGCCGGUGUCAGGGAUUGUUGUGAGAUAACUCAAACCUGCAAUAAAAGCCUGUUUUUCCGGCGCUCAAGUCUUGUGUUGUGUUUCAACAUUGCAGUGACAUUACUGACCCCUAGUGACAAGUGUAGAAUACUACAUAUUUUCACAACAUCUUUGAAAGUAUCUUCUGAAUGUCUUAUAUUUGUAUUUUAGUUCAGUCAGCCAUUUUUAUGCUUGAAAAUGCUUAAUUUAGGCAAUAAAAUGUGUACAUUUUGUUUGAAUAUUGCAUAUUUGUUGACUAAUAGGUUGUAUUGAACCAUGAAAGAGCAUGAAUAAUAUAUUUUUUUGAAAAACCAUAAUAUAGAAAAGCUGCAUAGUUCGAAGCGUGACCUGUUGAUGUUAGUUUCAGUUGAAUCUCAGGUCAGAAGGAAAUACGAGGCCUGCGUCUCUUUGCGAUUGCGAUUGCAAUUUGAGAAAAGCCGGUAGCAAGUGUGCCCGGGGGUGGGUACCAUCUCCCCGCACGGGGUAGUCGUGCCUUGUGGCAAUAUCUUGUGUUGGCAUGGCAACAGCCGGUGAGCUCAGGUGAGCGGGGAGCCUCACGUGUGUGACCCGAGUCACCUGCCAGGCUUGGCACAGCUGAUGGAAAUGUGAGACGGCGUUAGACAUGGGUCUUAUUUUUGCUUCGUCUUUUUGAUUGGCAUGGCUGUUCCAUUACUCCUCUGGGUCCCACCUGGCAAAUAUGUUUAUUUUGGAUUCAGCUCAUGACUUCCAGCCGGUAUGCUGUCUUUCCAAAUCUUAUCUUUGUCUCACCUGCUUUUGUCUGCCACGUGUCUUCUUUACCAAUUCUCAGGCCAGUGUCUCCUAUGCAUUCAUUUACUUGUGGCGGCCCGCCCUUAAUAUGUUUUGGUACGACCUGUUAGAUGGCGGUGUGCACUGUAACUCCACGUCGAAUUCCCACACGUACGCAUUAAAGGUGAUAGACAGGAAGUGUUUUGUUUCUCAUGUAUUUACUCAGCAGUCAAAUACAUGCGGGAAGCGUGCAGAACAAUUCCACAAGCCUUUGACUAGCGGGAGACAUGACUAGCAGUACCGCUAAGUAGGCCUGUCAUGGUAAUCGAUGAAUCUAAAAAUAAAAAAACAGGUCGAUAAUUAUGACGCCCCUAUAAAUUGACAUGUGCAUAUAUGCGUGUGUUUUUAUUUGGUCAUCUCGCUGUGCCACACAGGCUGGAUGACAAGAGGGUUCACUCCGCACCUGUCUGUGUGCAUUGGUUCUAUAGUGGAAUGAACAGCGAGAGUGGGCCCUCAUCUCAUUCAGCCUUUUGUGGAGGCGGGGCUGCCAGUGAGUGGGGAAAAAUGAUCUCAAAAAAUGUCGUUGAUAAUUUGCUGCACAAUUAUUGACCAGCAAAAUAUGUUAUGGUGACAGGUAUAGUGCUAAGAAAACCAAACCUGGAGACACUCUUGCGUCGUUUGAUAACAGUUUGCCUCCUGUGGGAAAUACGCCGACCAAGGGGUGUCCAAAGGGCAUUUGCAGAUGACAGCUUAUUUUUUGUCUGUGCCCUGUCGCGUUGUUAAAAAAAUAAAUAAAAUGCAACAAUGAAAAUUGACAAUAAAGAGCAAAAAACCCACAGUGUAAUGAGAAAAAGAUGAAACGUUAAUACUAAUAAGUAAUAACUCAAAAAUGUCCUUCAAUAUACAGUGAUGCCUCAAUUGUUGAUCGAAACGUCCAACCAUUCAUGAAUCAUUUUCAGGCUUUAAAAAAUCUUAACAAAAAAUGUAUUUUCAUCCAUCCAACUAUCUUCUGUGACGCUUGUCGUCACUAGGUUCGCACGGGUAUGCUGGAGCCUAUCCCAGCUGACUUGGGGCGACAGGCGGGGUACACCCUGGACUGGUGUCCAGCCAAUGGCAGGGCACAUAUAGACAAACACUCACAUUCAUACCUAUGGACCAUUUAGAGUCUCCAAUGAAGCUAACAUGCAUGUUUUUGCAAUGUGGGAGGAAACCGGAGUACCCAGGGAAAACCCACGCACGGACACAGAUCCCCAAACGAAGAUGCAAACCCAGAUCUUCCAGAUCUCCUGACUGUGUGGCCAACACGCUAACCACAGGGCCACCGUGCGGACCCAAAAAUGUAUUUCAUCAGAAAUAAUUUUAUUUUACAUGCAGAAAACAAUGUCAAAUAAUUAUAAAUGAUGAGUGACAUAGAUAAAUGAACAUUUAAUAUUACUUUUUCCAUUACUGAAGAUUGGGUGUUGGCUGUGUGAUCCAAGAUGGCUGAUUAAACGAGCAAUGUCCGUCCACAUGUUUAUUAAUACCACAAGGUUCAACGUGCCAAAGGGUAAAACAAAGCCACGAGAGAACGCGUCACUAUCUAUUUCAACACCAUUGUGAGCUAUGGUGCCUGUCAACAGGACCGCCUGCACCCCCACCACCUCACAGGCACACAGAAACGUCGUCCUCAUUUGUCACCUAUCAGCAUGUUUGCCUUCCAACAAGGCGCCUGUUCUAUUCCCCCGCCGCUUUCGUGUGAGUUUUUCAUUGUCUCAUUUCCUACCACGUGCACACGGUCGGAAUGUCUUGCGAUAUUUGACACUUUCCGCCCAGACAGACAAAGACUCAUCUUCACAGUACAUCUUAACUGAGAGGACGACGCAGAGUCGGCGUCUUUCUCGAGGACGCGAUCAGCGGAGGCAUGCUGCCUCAGUCUGAGAAGAUGAGUCAGAUGUAUUGGAUGCUCUCCUCCUAAGGGCACACUGCAUAUGCUUGACUGCACACCAGUACAUGGACACAGCAGUACAUGUAUGCUGCAUAUUUUACCUGUAUUUAUCAAUGAUUACCUCGUUGGGUGCGUGUACAACGGAGUAGUAGGGCCACAUCGGAAAAAAAAACUGAGAUUUUGAGAAUUAAGUUGUAAAUUUAUGAGAAUAACAAAAGUCAUAAUAUUACCUUUGCCCGAGGCCAAAGUUUCUCGUAAAUUUCCGGCUUUUUUCUCGUAUCUUUAAGACUUUUUUUUAACGUAAAUUUAAGAUUUUUUUUCUC